AUGUUUACAAUACCAGACUGGGGAGAAGAUAUUCCCAAGACUAAUGUUAACUUUGUAAAAGAUCUUAAGAAAAAAAAGAAAAAGAACAAAAAAGGAGGACGAAGUGUCAAAGAUACUAAUUCAAAUAGUAUUAAGGUUAAAAAUCAACCAACAGAACAUAAAAAAAUUAAUAAUAAAAAUAAUGAAACUAAACACAGUACUGAAAGACCUAUGGCCAAUGGACAUACAACAGAAAAAUACAAAAACAACAUUAGUAAAAAGAAGAACAAACCUGCAAAAAAGCGCAAACAACCAGACCUUGAUGUGGUAGCUGCAAAAAAGAAAAAAAUGUCAGUAUCUGAAGGAAUGGAUGUGCCAAAUUUUGAUGCAGAUAAACCUGAUGAAAUGUUACUAAAUGUAGGUAAGAAGAAACUAAAUGAUCAAUUUAACAAAGAUGACAGUGAAGAGUUACUAUUUAGUACUCAAGAAUCAACAUAUGAAUUGAGCAAUAAAUUAAACAAAUUUAACAAUCAUACCAAUAAACUUCCAAACGGAAGUGCAAAUUCAAACCAUACAGAAACAAAAUCAAAAUUCAAUAAAAAGAAAGAAUUAAUAAAGACUCUACUAGAGAAGGAAAACCACAGAAAUCACAUUAGUGUUAGUGGAAAUCGAUUGAGGGAAAGAAUGUUAGAGAGGUUAAAAGCUGCACAAUUUAGAUACCUGAAUGAAAAGCUGUACACAUCAUCCGGUUCGGAAGCACAAAAACUGUUUCAGACCGAUCCCGUUGCAUUCCAGACCUAUCACCAGGGUUACCAGCAACAAGUUAAGAAGUGGCCAGUCAACCCACUUGAUAUCAUCGUUAAGAGGAUCAUGAAGAUGCCUAAAACCAUUUUAGUAGCAGACAUGGGUUGUGGUGAAGCAGCAUUGUCGAAGCGGGUACCGCACAAAGUUCGUUCUUUCGAUCUAGUGGCGGCGACAGACAACGUGGAGGCGUGUGACAUGGCCCACACGCCAUUACUGUCCGCUUCUGUCGAUGUGGCGGUCUACUGCCUCGCACUAAUGGGCACAGACCUCACGCAGUACCUUGUGGAAGCCAAUCGAGUGCUAAAAGUUGGUGGGCACCUCCUCAUAGCUGAAGUGGAGAGCCGUUUCGACGAUGUGGAAGCUUUCGUUAAAGAAGUGCAGCGACUUGGUUUCAAACUGAAAGAACUAGACAAGAGUCAUCAGGUGUUCUUUUUCAUGGAGUUUACCAAAACGCAGGAGCCGCCUGUCAAGAAGUCAAAACUACCAGUACUGACACUAAAACCUUGUUUAUAUAAGAAAAGGUGA